UCUACCAUCUACAGUCUACCAUCUACAGUCUACCAUCUACAGUCUACCAUAUACAGUCUACCAUCUACAGGUUACCAUCUACAGUCUACCAUCUACAGUCUACCAUCUACAGUCUACCAUCUACAGUCUACCAUCUACAGUCUACCAUCUACAGGUUACCAUCUACAGUCUUCCAUCUACAGUCUACCAUCUACAGUCUUCCAUCUACAGUCUACCAUCUACAGUCUACCAUCUACAGUCUACCAUCUACAGUCUUCAAUCUACAGUCUACCAUCUACAGUCUACCAUCUACAGUCUACCAUCUACAG